UCAAAAAAACAAAUAUGACUUGAGCCAUUUGGGGAGGAAGACAUGUGAACGUGUUGAUAUUUCAACUGGAUAUUCAGUAAUGUAUUUAUGAAGAUAUUUGUAUUUCAUUGUUAUGUUUAUGCUUUCGAAACUGAAAGAAGCUGUGAGCGGCCGAUCGACCAAAAGUGAACCAGUCAAAGGGAAAGACGUGGAAUGCGAAGAAGGGAGAAAGGACGGAAAGUCAAAGUCAGAAGUCGAAGAACUGCUACAGCAAUGUUCUGAAUUUGAGGAAAUGGACACACAAGACUUUACUGAUUCGCCAAUCCUAUUUCCAUCUCAAAAUUCCUGUAAUAAGGAAAAAAGGGCGGAAAGUGACGAAGAAAGUGAUUGUUAUGAAGUUGUUGAAAGAACUGACUUUAAAGAAGAAAAAGGCACAAAGAACCCAAAGAACAGAAGUCGCUUGAGCCUGUCCAGGAAGCGACAAGUUACUGAAGAAGCAGGUCAGGGUUUUGAGUCUACAACAAACAAUGGUAGUACUUCUAGUAAACAGAGACGAAUGGUAAAUGAAAACAAUGUUGCAUCAGUGGAACCCGUCAUCAGUGCUCCUGAGCCAGAGGAAGCACAUUUAAAAAGACUGUACAAGAAACCUUCGUGCAACACUUUAGAAGAGGGUGACCGCUAUAAUCUGUACUAUGCUCCGAGACACGUGAACGCCAAUUUGUAUACGGCCGUGAUCUCACGGAAGUUUGAGGUUUAUCGUCGGAGGCUACGUCGUGCCCAGGCCAAUCUCAGACCGUCUUGGUCGAGGCGGCGGCGACGACGUUUCAAAGCCGUAGAACUGACGUGCGAGCAGUCACGGGACCGUGCGGGCAGGCGGGUAAAAGGGGCGAGGGUCGUGAAGAAAAGCUCCCUAGAAUGGAAAUAUCGGGCGGAAAGGAAAAUGGCUGACGAUCCCUUUGUUUCAGCUUGUCAAGACAUAUGGUUGUCUUUGAAAGCUAAGGAAACAGAUGCCAAAGUUGUUAAUAUCGAGCUCGAGGAACCAUCAUUGGACGAUUCUGACACUAAAGAUGAGCGAGAAAAUAACAGCAAAGACGUCGCAUCCGUGAAAGUCGCUUCAACAAAAAAAUCAGUCCCCGUUCCAGAAACCGCGGCAAAAACAACAAAAGGUUCAUCCAGUUGUGAGACAACGUCUAAGACGACGAUUCCCACUGCGGUCAGUUCAACCACAGACAUUGCCAUAGAAACUAACGUUGGUGACGAUGCCGCGAAUACUUUGAGCGAUCACGCUGCUAUGGAAACUGCGAGUGACGACAUUGCCGUGGAAACUGUGAACAAUGACGCAACCUCCGAAACCUCGAACAAUGACGUUACCAUGACAGCUGUGAACAGUUGCCUGGAUAUGAAAACUGGAAGCACUAGCGUUGCCUCGGAAACAUUAGGCAGUGACGUAACCAUGAUCAGCGUGGACAGCAGUCCCUCGACAACUGCGAACAGCAGUGUUGCCAUGGAACCCACCAGUCCGGUAAAACUGGUUCUGGACGAAAAAUAUCGCACGAACCUGCUGAAAGAUCUCAACAGUGAAGAUGACUUGCAAAAUUUCAAUUUUCGAUGUCCGCCUGCGCCCGCGGAAGGGAACAAAAUAGAGGAAGCGGACUGCGUUCUUGUUGAAGCAGUAUCAUCACCCACUACGGUUACCAUGGAGAAGUCACGUAAAAAGGAACCCGAGUGUAUCGAAUGUCCAAUGUGCUAUAAAGACUUUCCCAAGGAUAGGAUCCAGGAGCAUGCCUACCUAUGCAACGGCUUAGUUGAAGCAUCCACAAGCACUGGCAGUGUUUCCACUUCUAAAGAUGAAAACCUCGCUGCUGGAGUGGCUGGAGCCCAGGUCAUGACGCUGUCUCCUGUCAUUAAAACCAGAACACCAACAAAGGUUAAGGAGCUCAAACUAUUAGUCAACUUAGAGAAGAAAUCAAAAGAUAUUAUUAAGAGAAAUUCCACCGGGGGCAUUACCACGAGUGGCGAUGAACAAAAGACGAACAAAAGACGAAUCUCGUUGGAGCCCAGUAUACGGCUCAGAAGUCUGGGGGUAUCAGGGGUUAAGUGUGGUGAGUCGUUGACAAAAGGACAGCAAACAAGGAUUGAAGAGGAUGAAGAGAACAAAUUAUCACCUCGAAAAGAUCUUAAAGAAAAGGAACAGCGAAAGCGACUCAGUAUAAGCAAUACACGUAGAAAUCUGUACAAGAAACAAUGGGACGUUUCCACUUUAAAAAGAGAUUUCAUUCCGCUAGAAUUCGAGAAAUCGAAUGAAAAGAUCCCUUCCAAUGAUGUCCAUAAGGUUCUCUCAAUGAUGGAUGCAAGUAAUUUCGAAUCGUCUUCUUCUGACGAGGAUUUGGACUUGGAUUUGAAGAAACCGGUUGCCUCGAAAAGAAAGACCGGCGAUGUCCAAGACGAUAUGGACGCUUUAUCGAUGCUGGCAAACGAAUAUAAAGGUCGAAAAAGAAAGAACAACCGUGAAAAUACGAGGAAGACUGAAAAAAAAUUGAAAGUUUUAUCCAAUGAAGAGCAUUGUUCAAUUUGCGGCAAUGAUAUACCUCGUUCGCAAUAUGCGGAGCACGUCGCUGAAGAGAUCAGACAGCUGAACGAAAAUGAUGAUAAAGCAGUUAAUCUAUCGAUGUCAUCCUCACCACAAAAUACCCAAUCCGAUGUCGCUGCUACAGAUAUUGUGGACAGAAGAUCUUCAGAUUCCAGGCUUUCUCUGCCAGACCUUGCAGAAGGGACAACGUGCUUGGAAACAGGUGACGACGAUGAUUCCGCUUCGGACGAUGACGGGCAAUUUUCAUUGCGCCAAAAGGAAGGUCAGUUGAGUCGCGGUAGCAAACGUUUGCAGCGUGGAGCUCAGUUAGCGAGGAGAAGACAGCGCAGAAUACGAAGAUAGUUCGCCACUUGCAAUUUUUGCUGCGAUUCUGUGGGCGGUUUUCAUCUUUUGAUAGAUGUGAACGAGUGCCGAUUAGUUACAGUUACAGAUAUUGAAAUAAGAGCUCUUGUACAUCAACGCAUUUGUAACCAAUGACACGUUCACAUCCAUCAAAAGAAGGUAAUCGCAGGCCUUGGAAGGUAAACAGGCCAUGAAAUGAAUAGCUCAAUUUCAAUGUAGAGACAGCAUAUUGAGCCCAGGAUCGGGCAUUGUGACACUAUUUGUGUAUACAUACAUACUGAUUUUAGGAUCGAACAUGCACCAUAGAUUUUGUUAGUAGGUUUUGCAAAAAUCAGUGAACUAUGAUAAAACCUGGAACGCCAACUUUGGCCGUCAUCUUUGAAGCCAAGCCUUAGAAGAUAGUUCGAGACAGACGUAGAGAUGGAUUAUCUUGGGUGAAUGUCUAGAACUAUGUAAAAUACAAUCAAUUGCUAAUUUUUAAGACUAGAAACAGGGUUGGUUUCAACCAAGUAUAGUGCUGAACUAUAGGAGUUAGCGUUCCACAUUUUAUUAUAGUUCGCUAAUUCAAUGUAGAGUACAUGUGCAUAUUAAUUUCCAGAUAGGAUAGUAAGUUUAAUAAUAGAGUAUGAUUGAGAAUUGUAUUGAGAAAUAUCAGAAAGUCUGAAUGGCGGCGACGUAAUCGUAGAUAAGUAUAUAUAGGGUUUACAUAAGCAGGGUUAAGCCUUGGUACGAGGUUGAAGCAGUGAGCUCGCUGGGUUGAAGAACGCGCUCUGACACAUUUUCUUUGAGUGUGACUGAGAAAUUAGCUACGGUCUUGCUUGGCAGUUGGGUUAUGUCUCGGAUCCUGCUUCAAUAGUAUGAGAUUUUGUAUGCAAUACUCGUUGAGGGGCCGGUUGUAUCAAGCCCGUUUAGCUUGAACGGUGGGUGAUAAGUUUAAAAUAGAAAGCAAGUC